GAGCGGGGGCGGGGCCGCGCUCGGCGAGUUCGGGGGAACGCGGAAGUGGCCGGGAUUUGUCUACCGGAGGGGGGGCCUGUCGCUAUGGCAACCGCCGCCGCUGCCGAGGGUCCGCCGGAGGCCCGGGUGCAAGUAGCCAAACAGGAUCCUGCUGUGGAGACAGCGGAGGAAGCUAAGGAACCAGCAGAAGCAGAUAUCAAUGAGCUUUGUAAGGAUAUGUUUAACAAAAUGGCCACUUACUUAACAGGUGAACUGACAGCCACCAGUGAAGACUACAAACUCCUGGAAAACAUGAACAAGCUGACUAGCUUGAAAUAUCUGGAAAUGAAAGAUAUUGCUGUAAACAUUAGUCGAAACCUGAAGGACCUAAAUCAAAAAUAUGCUGGUCUUCAGCCGUAUCUGGAACAAAUCAACUUAAUUGAAGAGCAAGUGGCAGCUCUUGAGCAGGCAGCCUACAAGCUAGAUGCCUAUUCGAAAAAGCUUGAAGCAAAGUACAAAAAACUGGAGAAACGAUGAAAUUCUACAACAAAAGGAUGCUUUUUCCUAAGAUACAAGAAUUGGGUCAUGACUCAGAUUGACUUAUCAAAUUCCUAAGGUUUGAACUGCACCAAACAUACAAGCUGUUAUUCUGGAAGAGCCGUGUAGCCAGGGGGAUGCCUUGGCUAAGGACUUGAGCGUAGCAGACAUCAAACUAGUAAUGUUGUUGUGUGUCUGUUCCUUCUAAGGCUAGAAAACCUUCCCUUUUCCUCAGAAGCCUGUUAUUUUACUGCCUAUUAUUGAGCUGUAGUCAAAAGCUGAAAUCUACUCUGAGCUCUUAUGAGUUGCCAUAUGACAGUUUUCACCUUUAAUACUUCCUGAGCUCCAUAGGUCCUAUAGCCUUGUAAAAAACUUCCUCCAUAGCCUACCACUACAUUCUCCUCUACAGCUGGAGGACCUGAAAUUCACCUUGUUCCAGUGCUUCCUUUUUCUCACUUAGAGCCGUGUGUCUAGCAUAAAUAUUCUUUCCAUCUGUACUGUCUAAAGAUCUGUUUUCAGAGGUGUGAGCAUUGUUUUGGAUCCUCUUAAAUUUGUCUUGGUAUCCAGAUUUCCUGUUGAAAGGGGAAUAAUAGUUAUAGCUUUACAGUUAAACUUUUCUCUAUCGCAAAUGUCUUGAAAUUAACUCAGAUUUUGUUUCUGAGAACUGGUUUCUCAUGCUUUAUGCAAGUUUAUCCUUUUAAUGUAGCUGAGAACAGAAAUAUCUAACAGUCAUUUUGAUUUAGAGAUCACAGGAGAAGAUGAUAUUUAAGACCAAUUCUGUAUUUUGAUGAGAUUCUUUGGAAGUUAAGCUACAUUUGGAAAAAGGCACUUAUUCUGGAAUAAGUUGUUGACAAUUUAUCCCAGAAUAACUCCAUAUGUAGACAAGCCUUAAAUAAAUAUGUAAUGGGCUAGAAAAGCUAAGAUCUUGCAUUAUGAAAACAAGUGGUGAUUCAUAUAAUCAGUUUCAUUGAGAUAUUUCUCAAUGAUACUAGGAGAUUGCAUCUUGUCUAAAUGAGUUGUAUAGACCUCCCUGCAAGUUAAGGUACUACUUAUCUGCCUUUUAGUGAUCUAAAAGCAAACUUUCAAUGGAUGGGACACUAAUAUUUAUGGUGUGUCUGCUACCUAGCGUGGGUACCAGAUAAUGAGUGUUUGGUUCCUAUCUGAAAAUAAGUGGUUACAUUUGUAACAGUGGGAUAUGACCAUUACAAGUAAAAGCCAGAUCUGUCAAUUCCUGAGUUUUAGAGAGGUGGUAUAGGAGGGCAGACCAAGCUUCAGGACAAAGAAUGCCCACACAGAUAAUCAAAAGAGGUUAACUAUAACAAACUUUCCACUACAUUUAUCAAUUUCUUGUUGCCCUUCUCCCUUUAGAAUAUUUGAUCCUUGGUCUUCUAUGUGUCCCCUGUUAAAGGAGAAGUAAGUUGUAUUCAGUUUAUAACUAAUCAAAGGGUUGUGGACUUAGCACAAUCAGGUCUCAAGCCCUGGUGUGCUACCCUAAGAUAUUAUACUAUAAAAGCAUUUCCCCAACCUUGGCUGAGUAUUUCCCACAGGGAAAAGUGGACAUUUCACUUGUAGUUAUUACAGAUGGAUUUCUUUAAGUAUCAACCUUUUUCUUUAAUCAUAUAUAGUCUUGAGCAUUUUUUUUUUUAAAUAAACUUUCAGCUUAGGAACUGAAUGCUGAAGUUUGCCCUCAAGGUGUUUCAGGUUGAGGGAGAAGCUUGCUUUCUGGAUGAAGAGUGAGGAGCAGUAGUGGAAGCUUGCUCUCUAACUUUGCAGAGCUAAAAUUUGUUAUAGCAGCACUGUAAGUGAAAGCAUACACACCCUACAAAGCAUGUGGACAAGGGGGAAUCCACUGGGUAUAGUGUGCUUAGACUUUCAGAAAGCCUUUGACAAGGUCCCUCACCAAAGGCUCUUAACAUAAUCUAUCAUGGGAUAAGAGGGAAGGUCUUCUCAGAUUGGUAACUGGUUAAAAAGAUAGGAAUACAUGGUGAGUUUUCAGAAUGGAGAGAGGUAAAUAGUAGUAUCCCCUAGGGGGUCUAUACUGGGCCCAGUCCUAUUUAACAUUCAUAAGUGAUAUAGGUGGCAAAAGCUGCAGAUGAUACAAAAACUACUCAAGAUAGUUAAGUCCCAGGCAGACUGUGUAGAGCACAAAAGAUCUCAAAACUGGGUGACUGGACAACAAAAUGACAGAUGAAAUUCAGUGUUGAUAAAUGCAAAGUAAUAUAAAAAUCUUAUGUAUAGUUUGGAAAACAAUGAUGGGGAUCUAAAUUAGCUGUUGCCACUCAAAGAUCUUGAGUCAUUGUGGAUAGUUCGCUGAAAACACCCACUCAAUGUGCAGUAGUGGUCAAAAAAGCAAGCAAUGUUG